AUGGAAGAUUUUCGCUUUAUGCUGGGGAGCCUACCGUCCCUUGCUGCCCUGGUGGCAUACAAGUCUGCUUUGUUCCCGGACAGCCUCUUUGAAGAGUGGGAUCGCGUUGAGAUGGGUGCGGUAGACGAGUGGGCAAAGCCCCGGUCCCUCCUGCUCUUUCUCUCGUUGUCGGGUGACGGACUACCGUUCUACAGGACUGUUGAGGAUGUGGAAGUCAUUCCGGUCGGACAAAUCUUGUGCUAUAAGGACUUCCUGCUUUGUGACCACCUGUACAUGCAUCCCGCCUUCGCAGUCGAGGCUGCCCACAAGUGGCUGAACAUGAGACAUUUCAAGGCGUGGCUGGCGUCCGAGUAUUGCUCACCGGAGAUCAAACAAAACCAGCUCUUCUUCAAUUAUCCGCUAUCACGGGUCUGGCGUACGAUGAACGAGGAACGUACGUGCCCUGACACGUGGAGGUUCGAGACCUUGCAGUGGGAGAAAUACCCGAAGGUGAUGGAGGCGAAGGCGGGGAACGUCGGCGGGGUCCACUACCAGGAUCUGCGCACGGCGCUCAGUCGCAUGCGGAUGGCCCAGAAAGCUGCUGGGGCUGCCAGCAUAUAA